AUGUCCGUAAGUGAAAGCGACUGGCUCUCCCACAUGGACGAGAUCGAAGCCUACAUCCCACGGGAAGAACUGGUCUCCAUCCUCCCCAACCUGACGAAGGACCAAGCUUCGUACAUCCUCCAGCUCCUGCCGACGCUGGGGAACGAGUCAGCCUCCGCAGCCCCCAGCCAUGCCCGCUGCGACGUGGGAUUCCGGGAUGGAUAUAAGGACGUGCACGGGUACCUGGCUGUGGCGAUCUGUCUCGUGGGCGCAGUCACCAAUGUUCUCAACAUGAUCAUACUUACACGACGAGAAAUGGUGAACUCAACCAACACUAUUCUGACGGGGUUGGCCGUCGCAGACUUCCUCCUCUUGGUGGAGUACAGUAUCUACGCCACGACUUCGUACAUCAGAGUGCACGAGAAAUUUUUUGAGAGUUAUUUCCAUUCGGUGUUCAUCCUCUUCCACGCACACUUCACACAGGUCAUGCACACCAUAGCCAUCUGCCUGACGAUCACGCUGGCGGUGUGGCGGUACAUAGCUAUCUGCAAACCACAUCUCAACCUGUUCUUGUGUACGUUACCGAGGGCGAGACUAGCGGUCCUCGUGGCGUACGGUAUAUCACCCAUCCUUUGCAUUCCCAAUUACCUGAUGUACUCAAUUCAUCAGAGCAGCGACAGGAGUAACAUCUCCCUCUACCACGUCGGACUGAGACCACAAGCGCGGGCAACAGAUGGCGUUCUACAGAGUAUCCACUUCUGGUUCUACAGCGUCCUCAUAAAAAUCGUCCCGUGUCUGCUGCUCAUCUUUCUCAUCUUCUUCAUCAUCAGGGCCAUGUAUAUAGCCAAAAGGAGGAAAUCAGAACCUCCUGAAAACGGACGUCCAUGA